CUUCCAAUUUCGCGCGAUAAAUUAAAAAAAGGCAAAACACUAACGCCCACUCUCGGCGGGCAGUGUCCAGACGCGAGCUGUUGCACAAAGAACUGUUUUUUUUUUACAAAUAAUAAUAGUAAUAAUAAUAAAAAUAAUAAAGGUCAGCUUCAACUCACACAAAAAUGGUGGUGGUGGGAUCGUCAUGUGGCCGAAGUGGUCUCCGUCUAGUUCUUCUCUCUGCGCUGCUGCGGAAUUUGGUUCGCGUGCGUUGCUAGGGUUUGGUACCAGUGUGCUUUUCCGGCGUAUCGGAAGGUUUUAUAUUAGUGCCUGGGAGCGUAUUUAAUGUGUUUCGAGGCAUUUGGAUGCAGGAUUUUGUUAAUUGGUGUUUUAGAUCGGUUGACGUUUUCAAUUCGUUGAAUGCAUGUUUUGGGUCAUUUCGGACUAGAUGAUGCGAUGAAAUCUGCAUAAUAUUGCCAAUUGAUGAACUGAGCACUCUUUGUAAUUCAAGUGAAAAAGGAUAAGCAUUUAGGUGUGUGGAUUUGUUACAACUAGGUUGAACAAAGAGAAUGGAGUCGGUGAAAAGUUGGUUUACUAAAUUUAAAUCAAGAGAUAAAGGGAAGGCUUUGAAGAAGAAGGAAUCUUCGAAUACUGGAAGAGAUGGGUCAAAAGCACCAGCCAGUGAGGAAGCACCUUCAAAUGCAACCAAACAGAAGGUUGCAGCUGCAAAGCAGUAUAUAGAAAACCAUUACAAGGCACAGAUGAAGAACUUGGAGGAGAGGAAAGAGAGACGUAAUAUAUUAGAAAAGAAGCUGGCUGAUGCUGAUGUCUCUAAGGAAGAGCAGAACAACCUACUAAAACAUUUGGAAAAGAAGGAAACAGAAUAUAUGCGCAUCCAGAGGCAUAAAAUGGGUGCUGAUGAUUUUGAGCCGUUGACAAUGAUAGGAAAGGGUGCAUUUGGAGAGGUUAGAAUCUGCCGGGAGAAGACUACUGGUCAUGUAUAUGCUAUGAAAAAACUUAAGAAAUCAGAGAUGCUUCGAAGAGGCCAGGUUGAACAUGUGAAAGCUGAAAGGAAUUUGCUAGCAGAGGUCGAUAGUAAUUGCAUUGUCAAACUUUACUGUUCUUUUCAAGAUGAAGAGUUUCUUUAUCUCAUAAUGGAAUAUCUACCUGGGGGAGAUAUGAUGACCUUAUUGAUGCGGAAGGAUACACUGACAGAAGAUGAGGCUAGGUUUUAUGUUGGAGAAACAGUUUUGGCUAUUGAAUCCAUCCAUAUACAUAACUACAUUCACAGGGAUAUCAAGCCCGACAACUUGUUGCUUGAUAGAUAUGGUCACAUGAAAUUGUCAGAUUUUGGAUUAUGUAAACCAUUAGACUGCAGUAAUCUACAUGAGAAGGAUUUCUCUAUGGCAACUAAUCUUAGUGGGGCUCUUCAAAGUGAUGGACGCCCAGCAGCACCAAAACGCACGCAACAGGAGCAACUGCAGCAUUGGCAACGGAACAGGAGAAUGCUUGCUUAUUCUACGGUUGGUACACCUGACUAUAUUGCCCCUGAAGUCUUGUUGAAGAAAGGAUAUGGAAUGGAAUGUGAUUGGUGGUCACUUGGUGCUAUCAUGUAUGAAAUGCUUGUGGGGUAUCCUCCUUUUUAUUCAGAUGAGCCUAUGUCAACUUGUAGGAAGAUAGUAAACUGGAGAACUCAUUUAAAAUUUCCAGAAGAAGCAAAGCUGUCUCCAGAAGCAAAAGAUCUUAUUAGUAAGCUCUUGUGUAAUGUUGACCAAAGGCUAGGAACAAAGGGUGCAGAUGAAAUAAAGGCUCACCCAUGGUUUAAAGGUAUUGAAUGGGACAAAUUGUACCAAAUGGAAGCUGCAUUUAUUCCCGAGGUCAAUGAUGAAUUAGAUACUCAAAACUUUGAAAAGUUUGAAGAGGCUGACAAUCAAAUGCAGAUGUCAUCAAAAUCAGGCCCCUGGAGGAAGAUGCUCCCAUCCAAGGACAUCAAUUUUGUAGGGUACACAUAUAAGAACUUUGAAAUCGUUAACGACCAUCAAGUACCCGGCAUUGCUGAAUUGAAAAAGAAAAGCGCAAAGUCUAAACGGCCGUCCAUCAAGACGCUUUUUGGUGGGUACUCAUUUUUUUUUUUCCAGCGCUUUCAAACGUUUGUAUUUCUAUUUUUGUUCUGUGGUGGCUACUGUAUAGUAAUAAGUGGGCAUCCCCGGGCUACAAGGCUCUCCUUUGGGAGGGUAGGGGGAGGGUCGUCAGAGCAUAUGCAGUCUUGCCCCUAUUUUAUGCAGAGAAGCUGUUUCUUUUGACUCAAACCCAUUGGUGUUGAGUUUAUUGCUUGUACCUAGGGGCCAGAAGUUGUCAGGCGUAACAUGGGCAACAGAAUUUCUAACCUUUGCCGAGUUGAAUCUGUAUCUGUGAAAAAAAAAAUUCUUUGCCUAGUUUUGAUUUUUCUUGGACAUAUGCAAAACUCAUUUCUUUGUUGGUCAUGUCCAAAUGAUACUCCCUCCUGUUACCAUUGUCCCAGCCAGCUGACAUAUCAAACCAUGAAGCGAGUUGUGACUACUAGAAUUUGAGUGAGAAUAAUGCCAGCUAAAUUGAUAUUAGCCACUCCCAUCAAAUGCUUGGUUUCCAGUUGCAUCUGGUUCUUGGGAAUUUUUUCAUUCCACUGUUGGUGAAACAAUCUUAAAAGUUGCAGUUAGCUUUAUGAAUUGUCUGAAAAAAUGACUACUUCUGAGACCGGUUUUAUUUCUUUUUUUGACAUCUCUGGUGACCAUCUUUUUGCAAUUUGGAUAUCAGGAUCCAUCAUGGGUGAACAAAAAUAUCAAGACUGAAAAUCAAUUAAGCAUUAACCUGGGUUUCUUUGAUGUCAUUUCUUUACUCUGUUACUACUUUGUUUCACUUGUUACAGAUGAUGAUUCAAAUGCGGCUGGUAGUGAGUUUGCUCAAGGGAGCUUUCUCAACAUGUUGCCUCCCCAACUAGAAGCUCCCCAGAAACACAACGAAUCCCAUAGACGGCAGCAAUAAUCUCGCGUUAACAUUAUUGUAUCACCACGUACAUCCUACCUAACAGGAUUUUAGUUCUCUUUUAAAAGUGAAUUACCUUUUUAUUUUCAUUGCUUCCUGCGUUUGGAUUUUCACUGAAGAGAAGGUAUAAAUGUUUGAGGCACAAAGAAGUGGGUUUGGAGGUUUUGGAUCGUCGUCUUUGUAAAAUAUUUACUAGAAAAUGUAUAUUUCGAUUCUUUGAAUAGACAGUCAUUGUUCUCUGCCUCUUGUGAAGCUCCCAAAAAUUUGUGUAGAAUAUCUUAAUGUUGGUGUCCGGUGUAAUUACCUUUCGGUAUUUGGAUAUUGAUAACAUAUCAUUUUUUCUUUUGGGAA